UCCGAAGACAUACUCAACGUCCUGUGGCCUACAGACAUAUCCAGAACUGCAUUGGCUGAGCGAAUCUGUACUCAGGUCACUCACAUCACGACUGUCAACAUGGCCGCCGAUUCCUCCCUUGUUGACCUCCAUGAUGCGUCCAUGUCAGAUGACAAGGACGAUCUGGACUCUCUCCCAUCCAUAUCUACCGAUGACAUUUACUCCGAUACCUCCGACACUGAUGCUCAAGCGGAGUGGGAGCGCAGCCUCGAGCAGCUACAAUUGAUACUGACAAUGAUGAUUGUCCCCUGGAUGGGUAAAUACUUUGGUCGCAAAUUUGCCUACUGGAGUUGGUCACGAUACAUGGAGUGGGCGCAUAACGUCGACAUUCGAUUGACAAAUAAGGCGACCUUCAAGGCGGCGGGUGUUGUGGAAACAGCGGCAACGUUAUAGACAUACUUCAAACCGGACGAUCCGAUCUCGAUAUGAAUGGACGACCUGAGUAAUAUGCAUGGCUUUCAUACGGUGUUGGGGUAUAAAUAUGCAUAUGUUUUCUUUCUUUUAAUAAUAUAUGAUCCCAAAUAC